GAGCCCAUUGCACCAUGGAACUUGUUUUCAAAAUUAGUGGCCUUGGGGGAAAACAGCAUAAAAAGAUAAUAAAAAGAGAACUAUCUUAAUUUACUGAUACACGUACUCCGAGCAUCUCCAAUAUUUUUGGGGCAUUUAACGCGGCCAAAGGAGCAACCAACAGACGGGCUUGACUCUUUGUUUAUCGCCUUCUUCUUUAUUAAAACGUUUUAACUCUCCCUCUCUCGCAUGCAUGUUAUAGGGUUUUUCUUGGUUCUUAACAGGGCUCCAGAGUUUACAGCAGAUAGUUUCUUUGACAAUUAGGCGCCCUGUUACUGUAAUUUUAGCGGCAAUGGUGAGAGAGGAAAAUGCAGUGGAUGUCCCAAAAGAGUGGAAGAAAAUGAAGGUGCAAGAGCUGCGAGACGAACUUUCUAGAAAGGGUCUGAGCACCGCUGGUUUAAGGCCUGCCUUGCUUGAAAGGCUGGAUAAGUCCUCUUCUCCGUCGGAAAAUGGCGCAACCAAGCCCCCGAAGCCGCAAUUAGCAGAAUCCACGCCUCCGUCAGAAGACGUACAAGUAAAUUGUAAUGAUGCAUCAGGUAAGGAGGAACAGGAACGCGAAUGCACUGCAAAUGCAAAAGAAGAAGAUUCAUGUGGAAGCAUUACGAGUCCUGAUAAGUCUGAGCCCGCUAAAUUUGUGGAGCCGGCUGCGGUGGAGAAAUCGUCAAAUGACCGGAAAGAUAAUGGUGGUGUUACAACGAGCACUGCGGAGGCCUUGACGGAUUUGCAAAAGAAGCAUCGUCGUGCAGAGAGGUUUGGUUUGGCGUUGCAGUUGACGGAGGAGGAGAAGCGUAGGUCAAGAGCUGCGAGAUUCAGUGAGUCACAAAAUGGCAGUCUAAAGCCUAACUCACCAAGUUUAGGGGACACUAAAUUAUCAGAGGAAGAGAGAAGGAAAGCCAGAGCUGAGAGAUUUGGACUUUCUCCACGUUCUGCUGCUGAUGAUGAAGCAAAGAAAAAAGCCCGUCUAGCUAGAUUUGGACUCGAUGCAAAAUCAGACUCUUCGGAGGACAACAAGAGAAAAGCAAGGGCUGCAAGGUUUGCUCCAGCGUUGGAUGGAAAUACAUCAGAAGCAAACAAAAAGUUAAAGCUAGAGGCUGUAGAAGCUGUGGAAACAACAUAAAUGGUUUUGGAGGCUUAACCAAUGUAGACUCUCUUGGCACAUUACUUAAAUAGGCCAGUAGUAGAUGCUAAAAUAUGACUAACAAUAGGCUGGGGGUCUAAAAAUUGCAUUAAGCUUUGGUUGCAUUUUCUAAUGGUUGCUAUUUUGGCUAUGUUUCUCACAUCUCUUGUUGCUUCACUUUUCAUAUUUUUCAUAGGUGUUGCUUUACUUGCGCAACUCAAUUUUUUGUUUAUCUUUUGUGGACUUUUUCUAUCCCUCCAAUAUAUUUUGGAAUGCUGAAAGCUUUAUCUAGUGCUGUGGCAGCAAUGUAUAAUCAAUCAUCAUGUGUGUGACUUUGCCUUGGCUUCAUUUGUAAAUUUGCAACAUCUGUAGCCAUAUUUUUCUUUGAUGGUUUUGGUUUGUAUGGUUUGACUUUCUCGAUGAUAACCCGCCCGGCAUUUGCAAUUUGCAAAUGGCCCAAAAACAAUCUGUAUUAAAGGAUUUGAGCUCCACACUUACUACUAUUAUCUUUUAACUGGCAUGACUUAUUUUCCCUUUUUUUUGUGUUAGUCUUUUGAAACAAGUAACUUUCUUUCAAAUCAGUUAGUUUCUCGUAUGUUUUCUUCUUCACCUUGAAAAUCUUCCAUCUUUUCUACAUUCUCUCCUGUUUUUGAGAAUUUGUUUUUUGACUUAUGCUGUAGUUCUUAGAUUUUUCUUUGUGAAGUUUAUUUGAAGAAAUUUGUCGCCACUUGCAUUUUCUUGCAUGGUUCUAGGGUUCUAGGGAUAGUUUCAUCAGGUAUUUUAGGAAUGAAAAUUCUAUGCACAUAAACAUGUAAUCUGUUUUGAUUAGAAUGGCAGGGAAAAAUUCGUUUUUUGUUUGUUUCAUCAGAUGAUAAUAUGGUCAAGUUGGCCGUGUAUUUAAUUUUUCUCAUAAUUUAUAAUAAUAAGAUAUUGCAUUU